AUGUGGAAAGCAGCUUUCACAGAGUUAGUGGCGACUACAUGCUUAUUAUUCACAUUAACCGCAUCCAUUGUCGCCUGCUUGGACUCGCACGAGGCUGAUCCCAAGCUACUUGUCCCGUUCACGGUGUUCGUUAUCGCCUUCCUCUUUCUCAUGGUGACAGUCCCUCUUUCAGGUGGACACAUGAGCCCAGUUUUCACUUUCAUUGCUGCACUCAAGGGAAUCAUAUCUCCAGCACGGGCUUUUACCUAUAUCUUGGCGCAGUGUGUAGGUUCAAUCACAGGGUUUCUCCUACUCCUCAGUGUAAUGAACCAUGAGACAGCGAAAAAGUAUUCCUUGGGAGGCUGCACCAUCGAUGGGGACGGAUCAACAUCCGGGAUUAGCCCUGGAAGGGCAUUGAUAUUGGAGUUCUGUUGUACUUUUGUGGUGCUUUUUGUUGGUGUAACAAUAGCAUUCGACAAGAGAAGAAGCAAAGAACUAGGGUUGUCUAUGGUUUGUGGAGUUGUUGCAGGUGCCAUGGCAGUGGCAGUUUUCGUAUCGAUUACCGUGACCGGGAAGGCAGGCUAUGCGGGCGUGGGGCUUAAUCCCGCUAGGUGCUUAGGACCAUCGUUAUUGCUAGGAGGUUCGUUAUGGGAUGGCCAUUGGAUCUUUUGGAUUGGACCUUGUUUUGCUUGUGCAAUUUAUUAUGGUUUCACCAAGGGAUUACCAAAAGAAGGCCUGGUUAGUGAAGAUGAAGAGCGUGACUUCAUUAACUUGGUCGCACCUUCACUUUGUUGUUCGGGCCCUAGAUGUAGAACUCAACCUCAUGGGAAGAUUUAUGGAAAUUGUGAGACUAUGAAUAACUAA